AAAAAAGCAGGAAAUGUGAAAACCUACAAUUCCACGACAGCUGGGUAAACUCUAUGCUGACGAAGACCAUGUGGUGUGAUCGACAGCUCCAGAAUAGCUACUAAAUAGACCUUGUGGGUGGGAUUGUUUCUCAACUGCUGCUGAUGAUCUAAACUUAAUUCCACUUAGUGGCCUAGCUUUUUCAGGAGCUUUCAUCUCGCAGUCUUCACCAGCAGACGGAGUUAUAUGAAUAAUGUACAAGUAAAAUGAAAUGCAGUGGUGAUGACAGCUGAUGAAAACUGUCACGUGUGGUUAAAAACUAUUAAGUGCACCUUGAGUUAUGAUGGAUGAACUCUUAUUAUUAUCUAAUUAUUAGGCUAUUAGUCACUAUCACUGUUAGGGAAAGGCACCAAUGAGCGCACACAGCUCUGUAGCCAUAACUUUGGGCUUUUUUAACCUUCAUUGAUUGGUAACGUCAUCACUAAAAACAGUGUACGUCACGCAGCCAGCAGCACGCUCGUGCAUGAAACCCCGCCCACUGACUGAUGGUUGCCAUGACAACACCAAGCUCCACUGUGCUGUGCUCGUCCCAAGACGCCCUGAAGUCGGUAAAAACAUCGGUGAUCAUCCUGUAAAGACAAUCUAAAGGAAGGGGAAGGUGUCAUGUCUGAUCUGCUUAAAGACAAAUCCCUAAAAAGAGAAAAGAGGACGGGCAAGGCGCCUUCAGAGGGCAGCCAUGGAGUCAGAGGCAAAGAAACAACCGGCAAGACAAAGGACUCUAUAAGUACAGUGUCGUGUAUAGAUGAACUAGGACACCAUGAUGACAAUGCUCGGAUGGCCGUAACGAUGGAGAACACCUACCAGCUGGGACCUUACAAACGCUUCCCUAUUCCUGCUGUCACAGACAUACUGAAGGAUGUACUCACCAGUUACCUCCAAGAGGAGAAAUAUGAAGUGGAGUGGUCUCAAAAAAUGACAAAAACAAUAUGUGAGGUGAUAAGAGCUCGUGUGAAGGACCUCAUGAUUCCCCGAUAUAAGAUUGUCGUGCUGGUCCACAUCGGCCAGCUCACCGGGCAGAGCAUGCAAAUCAGCAGCCGCUGUCUGUGGGAUGCAUCUAAUGACACCUUCGCCUCUUACUCCUUCAAGAACAGCUCUCUGUUUGGUGUGGCAUCUGUCUAUGCUGUUUACAUUGAGUGAAUCAUGUAGACAUUGGAUGGACCCACACAAGAUUCACUUUAGUCAUACAUAUCUCACAGUGAGGAAGAGAUUUCUGCUAUUGAGGAGUUAUUUAUCUAUGUUGUAUAUUUUGUCUGAAUAAAUGAUUAAACAAGGAGGGAUUACCAAAA